AGCUUCAGCGGCCGCGCUGAGGCGAGGGUGACACACCAUGCUCACGGCCCCUAGAGACCGUCGUGCUGGCGAGCCGCACUCCCUAGCUCCCCGGUCCGCCUCGGCAGCGCUUAGAGUCUGCUGCAGGAGUUGAGCCGUCCGCGCCCGAAGAUUUUGACGAAGCUCUCGGAGGCGCGCAGAGCACAGUAGGGCGGCGAGGGUGCGCGAGCGCUCUGGGGUCAGGCAGUCGGCGGGGUCGCCUCUGGAGGGGCGUUUCCGAGGCGAGGAGGAGGAGGAGGAGAUGCUGCUCUUCUUCUUUCCCUCCCCAGGCUCCUCCAGCUCCUUCGGCCCACGCCCGCUGCCGCUUGGGGGAGAAGAGGUGGUGGCUCGCGGCGGCUGCCGGCGGCCCGCCCCGACGCCGCGUCCCCGCAGCCCUCGCCCGGCGCUCCAGUAGCAGGACGCGGUCUCCGGACGAGCCGGUAAUAUGCACGUGUCACUAGCUGAGGCCCUGGAGGUUCGGGGUGGACCACUGCAGGAGGAAGAAAUAUGGGCUGUACUAAAUCAAAGUGCUGAAAGUCUCCAAGAAUUAUUCAGAAAAGUAAGCAUAGCUGAUCCUGCUGCCCUUGGGUUCAUCAUUUCUCCAUGGUCUCUGCUGUUGCUGCCUUCUGGUAGUGUGUCAUUUACAGAUGAAAAUAUUUCCAAUCAGGAUCUCCGAGCAUUCACUGCACCAGAGGUUCUUCAAAAUCAAUCACUAACUUCUCUCUCAGAUGUUGAAAAGAUCCAUAUUUAUUCUCUUGGAAUGACAUUGUAUUGGGGGGCUGAUCAUGAAGUACCUCAGAGCCAACCUAUCAAGCUUGGAGAUCAUCUCAACAGCAUACUGCUGGGAAUGUGUGAGGAUGUUAUUUAUGCUCGGGUUUCUGUUCGGACUGUCCUGGAUGCUUGCAGUGCCCACAUUAGGAAUAGCAAUUGUGCACCUUCAUUUUCCUAUGUGAAACACCUGGUAAAACUGGUUCUGGGCAAUCUUUCUGGGACGGAUCAACUUUCCGGUAACAGUGAACAAAGGCCUGAUCGAAGCCAGGCUAUUCGAGACCGACUGAGAGGAAAAGGAUUACCAACAGGAAGAAGCUCUUCUUCUGAUGUACUAGACAUACACAAGUCUCCAUUCUCUCAUCAGACCUUUCUUAACAAAGGGCUUAGUAAAUCUAUGGGAUUUCUGUCUAUCAGAGACACACAAGAUGAGGAAGAUUGUUUCAAGGACAUUUUAUCAGAUAACAAUUCUGGGCAUGAAGAGUCCGAAAAUACGUGCUCCCCUUACCGGUUCAAAACUAGUGGCCCAGAAAAAAAAGUUAUCCCUGGCAUUGAUGUGCUUCCUAAGAAGAAAAUCUGGGCUUCAUCCAUGGACUUGCUUUGUACAGCUGACAGAGACUUCUCUUCUGGAGAGACUGGCACGUCCCACCACUGUCACCCUGAGGCAGUUACAGUGCGGACUUCAACUACUCCUAGAAAAAAGGAGGCAAGAUACUCAGAUGGAAGUAUAGCCUUGGAUAUCUUUGGCCCUCAGAAAAUGGAUCCAGUAUAUCACACUCGAGAAUUGCCCACAUCCACAGCAAUAUCAAGUGCUUUGGACCGAAUCCGAGAGAGACAAAAGAAACUUCAGGUUCUGAGAGAAGCCAUGAAUGUAGAAGAACCAAUUCGAAGAUACAAGACUUACCACAGUGACAUCUUUAGUACCUCCAGUGAAAGUCCAUCUAUUAUUUCCUCUGAAUCAGAUUUCAGACAAGUUAGAAGAAGCGAAGCCUCAAGGAGGUUUGAAUCCAGCAGUGGUCUCCCAGGGGUAGAUGAAACCCCAAGUCAAGGCCAGUCACAGAGACCAAGCAGACAAUAUGAAACACCCCUUGAAGGCAACUUAAUUAAUCAAGAGAUCAUGCUAAAACGGCAAGAAGAAGAAAUGAUGCAGCUGCAAGCCAGAAUGGCCCUUAGACAGUCUCGGUUGAGCCUGUAUCCAGGAGACACGAUCAAAGCUUCCAUGCUUGACAUCACCAGGGAUCCCUUAAGAGAAAUUGCCCUAGAAACAGCCAUGACCCAAAGAAAACUGAGAAAUUUCUUCGGCCCUGAGUUUGUGAAAAUGACGAUUGAACCAUUUAUAUCUUUAGAUUUGCCGCGGUCUAUCCUUACCAAGAAAGGGAAGAAUGAGGAUAACCGAAGGAAAGUAAACAUAAUGCUUCUGAGUGGGCAGAGACUGGAACUGACCUGUGAUACCAAAACUAUAUGUAAAGAUGUGUUCGAUAUGGUCGUGGCCCAUAUCGGCUUAGUGGAGCAUCAUUUGUUUGCUUUAGCUACCCUCAAAGAUAAUGAAUAUUUCUUUGUUGAUCCUGAUUUAAAAUUAACCAAAGUGGCCCCAGAGGGAUGGAAAGAAGAACCAAAGAAAAAGAGCAAAGCCACUAUUAAUUUUACUUUGUUUUUCCGAAUUAAAUUUUUCAUGGAUGAUGUUAGUCUAAUACAACAUACUCUGACCUGUCAUCAGUAUUACCUUCAGCUGCGAAAAGAUAUCUUGGAGGAGAGGAUGCACUGCGAUGAUGAGACUUCCUUGUUGCUGGCAUCCUUGGCUCUCCAGGCUGAGUAUGGAGAUUAUCAGCCAGAGGUUCAUGGUGUAUCUUAUUUUAGACUGGAACAUUAUUUGCCUGCCAGAGUAAUGGAGAAACUUGAUUUAUCCUAUAUUAAAGAAGAGUUACCCAAAUUGCACAAUACCUAUGUGGGAGCUUCUGAAAAAGAGACAGAGUUAGAAUUUUUAAAGGUCUGCCAAAGACUGACAGAAUAUGGAGUUCAUUUUCACCGAGUGCACCCUGAGAAAAAGUCACAAACGGGAAUAUUGCUUGGAGUCUGUUCCAAAGGUGUCCUUGUGUUCGAAGUUCACAACGGAGUUCGCACAUUGGUCCUUCGCUUUCCAUGGAGGGAAACCAAGAAGAUUUCUUUUUCUAAAAAGAAAAUCACAUUGCAAAAUACAUCAGAUGGAAUAAAACAUGCCUUCCAGACAGAAAACAGUAAGGUAUGCCAGUACCUGCUGCACCUCUGCUCUUCCCAGCAUAAGUUCCAGCUACAGAUGAGAACAAGACAAAGCAACCAAGAUGCCCAAGAUAUCGAGAGAGCUUCGUUUAGGAGCCUGAAUCUCCAAGCAGAGUCCGUUAGAGGAUUUAAUAUGGGACGAGCAGUCAGCACUGGCAGUCUGGCCGGCAGCACCCUGAACAAACUUGCCGUUCGACCUUUGUCAGUUCAAGCUGAGAUUCUGAAGAGGCUCUCCUGCUCUGAGCUGUCGCUUUACCAGCCAUUGCAAAACAAUUCAAAAGAGAAGAGUGACAAAGCUUCAUGGGAGGAAAAGCCCAGAGGGAUGAGUAAAUCAUACCAUGAUCUCAGUCAGGCCUCUCUCUAUCCUCAUCGGAAAAAUGUCAUUGUUAACAUGGAAUCCCCACCACAAACCAUUGCGGAGCUCGUGGGAAAACCUUUUCACCAGAUGGGAAGAUCUGAUACAGAAUCUUUGGCAGGAUUCACAAAACUUAAUAAUUCAAAGUCUGUUGCAAGUUUAAAUAGAAGUCCUGAAAGGAGGAAACAUGAAUCAGACUCCUCAUCCAUUGAAGACCCUGGUCAAGCAUGUGUUCUAGGAAUGACUAUACAUAGUUCUGGAAAUGCUUCAUCCCAAGUAUCCUUAAAAGAAAAUGAUAUACUACACAAAAGAUGGAGCAUAGUAUCUUCACCAGAAAGGGAGAUCACGUUGGUGAACCUGAAAAAAGAUGCAAAGUAUGGCUUAGGAUUUCAAAUUAUUGGUGGGGAGAAGAUGGGAAGACUGGAUCUAGGGGUAUUUAUCAGUUCAAUCACCCCUGGAGGACCAGCUGACUUGGAUGGAUGCUUAAAGCCAGGAGACCGUUUGAUAUCUGUGAAUAGUGUGAGUCUGGAGGGAGUCGGCCACCAUGCUGCCAUUGAAAUACUGCAAAAUGCACCUGAAGAUGUGACGCUUGUUAUCUCUCAGCCAAAAGAAAAGAUAUCCAAAGUGCCUUCUACUCCUGUACAUCUUGCCAAUGGGAUGAAAAACUACCUGAAGAAACCUUCCUACAUGCAAGACGGUGCUAUAGAUUCUUCUGAGGAUCACCACUGGCCACGUGGUACUCUGAGGCACAUCUCAGAGAGCUCCUUUGGACUGUCUGGGGGCCUGCGGGAAGGAAGCCUGAGUUCUCAGGAUUCCAGGACUGAGAGUGCCAGCUUGUCCCAGAGCCAGGUCAAUGGUUUCUUUGCCAGCCAUUUGGGUGACCAAACCUGGCAGGAAUCACAGCAUGUCAGCUCUUCCCCAUCUGUAGUAUCCAAAGGCACCGAGAAAAAGAGGAUUUCCACUGACAGUAACCGAAGCAAAGCUAAAAAGCCAGGCAUUUCAGAUGCAACAGAUUACUCGGACCGUGGAGAUUCAGACAUGGAUGAAGCCACUUAUUCCAGCAGCCAGGAUCAUCAAACACCAAAAAAGGAACCUUCCUCCUCAAUGAAUACAUGCAACAAAAUGAAUUUUAAAACUUUUUCUUCAUCACCUCCUAAACCUGGCGAUAUCUUUGAGGUUGAACUGGCUAAAAAUGAUAACAGCUUGGGGAUAAGUGUCACGGUACUGUUUGACAAGGGAGGUGUGAAUACCAGUGUCAAACAUGGUGGCAUUUAUGUGAAAGCUGUUAUUCCCAAGGGAGCAGCAGAGUCUGAUGGUAGAAUUCACAAAGGUGAUCGUGUUCUCGCUGUCAAUGGAGUUAGUCUGGAAGGAGCAACCCAUAAGCAAGCUGUGGAAACACUGAGAAAUACAGGACAGGUAGUUCAUCUGUUGCUAGAAAAGGGACAGUCUCCAGCAUCCAAAGAACAUAUCCCUGUGACACCACAGUGUACCCUUUCAGAUCAGAAUGCCCAAGAUCAAGCCCCAGAAACAAUGGUGAAGAAAACAACUCAUGUUAAAGACUACAGCUUUGUCACUGAAGAAAAUACAUUUGAGGUAAAAUUGUUUAAAAAUAGCUCAGGCCUAGGAUUCAGUUUUUCUCGAGAAGAUAAUCUUAUACCCGAGCAAAUGAAUGUGAGCAUAGUAAGGGUUAAAAAGCUCUUUCCUGGACAGCCAGCCGCAGAAAGUGGAAAAAUUGAUGUGGGAGAUGUUAUCUUGAAAGUGAAUGGAGCCUCUUUGAAAGGACUGUCUCAGCAGGAAGUCAUAUCUGCUCUCAGGGGAACUGCUCCAGAAGUAUCCUUGCUUCUCUGUAGACCUCCACCUGGUGUGCUACCGGAAAUUGAUACUGCUCUUUUGACCCCACUUCACUCUCCAGCACAAGUACUUCCAAACAAUAGUAAAGACUCUUCUCAACCCUCAUGUGUGGAGCAAAGCACUAGCUCAGAUGAAAAUGAAAUGCCUGACAAAAGGAAGAAACGUUGCAAGUCCCCAUCCAGAAGAGACAGUUAUAGUGACAGCAGUGGGAGUGGAGAAGAUGACUUAGUGAAAACUCCAGCAAAGACAUCAACUAUGACCUGGGGUUCAACUUUGCAUCAGACUCUAAGCAACAUGGUAUCACAGGCACAGAGUCAACAAGAAGCACCCAAGACUCAAGAAGAUACUAUUUGUACCAUGUUUUACUAUCCUCAGAAAAUUCCCAAUAAACCAGAAUUUGAAGACAGUAAUCCUCCUUCCCCUAUACCACUGGAUGUGCCUCCUGGGCAGAGUUAUCAACCCCAGUCAGAAUCUGCUUCCUCUAAUUCGAUGGAUAAAUAUCAUAUACAUCACAUGUCUGAACCAACUAGACAGGAAAACUUGACAUCUCUGAAAAAUGACUUGGAAAACCACCUUGAAGAUUUUGAGCUGGAAGUAGAACUCCUCAUUAUCCUAAUUAAAUCAGAAAAGGGGAGCCUAGGUUUUACAGUCACCAAAGGCAAUCAGAGCAUUGGUUGUUAUGUUCAUGAUGUCAUACAGGAUCCAGCCAAAAGUGAUGGAAGGCUGAAACCUGGGGACCGACUCAUAAAGGUUAAUGAUACAGACGUUACAAAUAUGACUCACACAGAUGCAGUGAAUCUGCUCCGAGCAGCACCCAAGACAGUCAGAUUAGUCCUUGGGCGAGUUCUGGAAUUACCCAGGAUGCCAGUGUUGCCUCAUUUGCUACCUGACAUUACAUUAACAUGCAACAAAGAGGAGUUGGGUUUUUCCUUAUCUGGAGGUCAUGACAGCCUUCAUCAAGUGGUAUAUAUUAGUGAUAUUAAUCCAAGGUCAAUUGCAGCUACUGAGGGUAAUCUCCAGCUAUUAGAUGUCAUCCAUUAUGUGAAUGGAGUCAGCACACGAGGAAUGACCUUGGAAGAAGCUAACAGAGCGUUAGACAUGUCACUUCCUUCAGUGGUAUUGAAAGCAACAAGAGAUGGUCAUCCAGUGGUCCCCAGUUCAAAGAGGUCUGCCAUUUCAACUCCAAAGUCAACCAAAGCCAAUGGUCACCACAGUGUAGAGCCUUGUGGCCAGCCUGCCCUGACUCCUAAUAAUUCAUUCUCCAAGGUUGAUGGGGAAGAAAUCGUUGAAGUUUUGUACCCUGAAGGAAAAUGUUCUGCUUAUCAAAUGAAGGGAUCAGCAGACCUGACUCUGUCCAAAGAAUCUGAUAUACAAGAAGAUGACAUUUAUGAUGACCCUCAAGAAGCUGAAGUCAUCCAGUCUCUGCUGGAUGUUGUGGAUGAGGAAGCCCAGAAUCUUUUAAACCAAAAUAAUGCAGCAGGAGAUGCCUGUGUUUCAGGUAUGUUGAAGACAAAUGGGAAGUUAUCAGAAGAGAGAGCAGAAGAUACAGACUGUGAUGGUUCACCUUUACCUGAGGAUUUUUCUCAGUCUACCAAAAUAAAUGGCUGUGAAGAACAUUGUGAAGAAAACAUAAAAAGUGAAACCUUAAUUCAGAAGACACAAGAAAGGAAGACUGAUGAGGAUGAAAUAACAUGGGGAAGUGAGGAAUUGCCAAUAGAGAGAACAAACCACGAAGAUUCCGAUAAAGAUCAUCCCUUUCUGACAAACGAGGAGCUUGCUGCACUCCCUGUCGUCAAAGUGCUUCCCUCUGGCAAAUACACUGGUGCUAAGUUAAAAUCAGUCAUUCGAAUGUUGCGGGGUUUACUAGAACAAGGAAUUCCUUCCAAGGAGCUGGAGAAUCUUCAAGAAUUAAAACCUUUGGAUCAGUGUCUAAUUGGACAAACUAAGGAAAACAGAAAGAAGAACAGAUAUAAAAAUAUACUUCCAUAUGAUGCCACAAGAGUGCCUCUUGGAGAUGAAGGUGGGUACAUCAAUGCCAGCUUCAUUAAGAUACCAGUGGGGAAAGAAGAGUUCGUUUACAUCGCCUGCCAAGGACCUCUCCCCACAACCGUCGGAGAUUUCUGGCAGAUGAUUUGGGAACAAAAAUCCACCGUGAUAGCCAUGAUGACCCAAGAAGUAGAAGGAGAAAAAAUCAAGUGCCAGCGUUAUUGGCCUAACAUCCUAGGCAAAACGACAAUGGUCAACGACAGGCUUCGGCUGGCUCUUGUGCGAAUGCAGCAGCUGAAGGGCUUUGUGGUGAGGGCAAUGACCCUAGAAGAUAUUCAGACAGGAGAGGUGCGACAUAUUUCUCAUCUGAAUUUCACUGCCUGGCCAGACCACGAUACCCCUUCUCGGCCAGACGAUCUGCUCACUUUCAUCUCUUACAUGAGACACAUCCACAGAUCAGGCCCAGUCAUCACGCACUGCAGCGCUGGCAUCGGACGUUCAGGGACCCUGAUAUGCAUAGAUGUAGUUCUAGGAUUGAUCACUCAAGAUCUGGAUUUUGACAUCUCUGAUUUAGUGCGCUGCAUGAGACUACAAAGACAUGGAAUGGUUCAGACAGAGGAUCAAUAUAUUUUCUGCUAUCAAGUCAUCCUUUAUGUCUUGACACGUCUUCAAGCUGAAGAAGAGCAAAAAGAGCAGCCUCAGCUUCUGAAAUGACAUGAAAAGCCUUCUGGAUGCAUUUCCAUGUCUCCCCUUAACCUCCAGCAGACGCCUGCUCUCUAUUUAAAAUAAUGAUCACAGAGCAGCAAGUCCAUACAGUAUCAUUAUGCUUAUUCUCUUCUAUCUUAGAGGAGUAUUCUUCAUUACAAUAUUAUAAAUAAAGUUGAAAUGCUGUAUUUUUACAGCUACUUUAACCUAUGAUAAUUAUUAAAAAAUUUUAACACUAACUGAACAGUACAGAUCUUAGGGAUAACUAAAGACAGCAUUUUAUUAUAGCAGACGUUGUUAUAAGGACACGCUGAGUCUAUUUUUAAUGCACCAAUCUUGUUUAUAGUAAAAAUUUUUUCCAGUAUUUUAAUAGAGUUAUUUUAUAGGGGAUACUUGAAACCAGUAUUUAAGCUUUAAAUGACAGUAAUAUUGGCAUAGGAAAAAAGUAGCAAAUGUUUACUGUAUCAGGUUCUAAUGUUUACUAUAUAGAAUUUACUGUAAUAUAUUUAUAUACUUUUUCAUGAAAAUGGAGUUAUCAGUUAUCUGUUUGUAACUGCAUCAUCUGUUUGUAAUGCAUCAUCUCACUUUGUAAAUAAAAAUACACCUUAAAACAUGAACAAGCCAAAACUGUGUGCAAACAAA